GCACUGAAAAUCCUAAGCGCGGCAGCCGCCAUCAGUCGGUUCCUUCGCGUUACCAGUUACCGGUUACCACGACCGCGAUUCGCUCGUUAUAUCAGUACACCAAAUAAACUAUGAGAAUAAAACUCAAAGCCACCGUGUAGUAUUCUAUUUGCACGCUAGCAUAUCAGUAGCCGACCAUAUUACAAGCAGUGACCACACGAGCAGCUGUGCCAAGAUGUUAGACCGCUAUUACAAACGACCGGAGGGCCCGUUGCCCGAAGACAUGGCGGUCACCAGGCGAUUGUUGGGCAUGACUGAAGAGUCGAUCAGACGGGACGUCCACGAGCUGACCGAGUGGAUGAAAGAACAACCGGACUUGCCGGACAAGAUGGAAGGAGUUGACAUGGAUUGGUGGUUGGAGAAUUAUCUGAUCAUGAAUAAGAAUCAAUUGGAUAGGGUCAAAGAAAGUCUACCGCUGUAUUUCCGUCUCAAGACCAUCCUACCGGAAAUAAUGGUGUCCGACCGCGAUCCGUUUACUAGAAAAGAAAUGAUCCAAGCUUACAACACCACGACUCUAGCCAUUAUGCCCCCGCAAAUGGAAGGCGGUUACAAAGUCGGUUGCUUCAUGCACCGACCCGACACGCCGGCAGCCGACUACAACCCCAUCGGUCUGGCCAUGCACUUGACUUGUAUGGCCGACUUGUAUCUGUGUUUGGGAUUCGACCAUACCAAAUUAGUGUUAGUGGUCGACCUGAGCUCGUUGCGAAUGGGCCACCUGACCAAAUACCCGUUGGGGUUGUUGCGUCGAUUUUUCCUGUACGCUUGGAGAGCGUAUCCUGAGCGAGUGGCGCAAAUUAACAUCAUCAACCCGCCAGGCAUCCUGAGCGUGGCGCUUGCACUUUUCAAACCACUGCUAAAGGCCAAAAUCCGAAACCGGAUCAUCGUGCACCGCAAUUUUGAAUCUCUGCUGGAGAACGUGCCGUUGAAAUACUUGCCCAAGGAAUACGGUGGCGAAUGUCCUUCCAUGCUUGAGCUACACGAGGCCUGGCGCCAGAAAGUCGCUGACCACCAGGGGUAUCUGAAAACAUGCGUCGCCACACACAGGGUGCUUAAUGAACCCAAGCCGACACGGGGUAAAUCUGCGUCAACCAACAAAUAAAAUUAAGUCAGUACAGUUUCCACAGUGGACACACCCACGUCGGAUGCAGGACACCACCACGAACAGGAGGGGCCAUUCAUAUUAAUAUUAUUAUUAUUAUAAGAUAUUAUUUUUUACCGUACGCCUUAUGUUGUUAUAAUAUUAUGUUUAAAGUUAUUAUAUAAUAUAAU